GCGCCGCCUCCGAGCGCUCUCGCGGAACCACGCGGAACUCGGCUCGUUUUGGGGAUUCGCGCUCGCGUCGCCGCGGACAUGAACAGCGUGGGCGAGGCCUGCACGGAGCUCAAACGGGAGUACGACCAAUGUUUCAACCGAUGGUUCGCCGACAAGUUCCUGAAGGGAGAGCGAGGCGCCGAGCCAUGCGCGGACAGCUUCCGGCUGUACCAGCGCUGCGUGCAGAAGGCCAUCAAGGACAAGGACAUCCCGGUGGACGGCCUGGACUUCAUGGGGCCCGACAAGGACAAGGACAAAGCCGACAGCUGAACGACACAAGAAAAGAAACCCCUCCCAAAUAACAGCCGGGGCCAAACAUCUUUUCUUUUCUUUUCUUUUCUAUUCUUUUAUGGGACAAACCGAAGGCCCGGGCCGGAUCUGGCCCGCCACAAGCAUCUACUUUCUGUUUCCUCCUCAAGUCAGUACCAGAAUUGCAAAUACUUACAAAAAUAAAUACAUUUAUUUUGUUGGUGUUACCAAAGCUCUUUUUGAAAUAAAGGAAACAGUAGUUGAUU